CAUUUGUAACAUGCGCCGCGUCCCGGGUCUCCGGUACUCCGUGACCGUUACCAGCGUAAUCAGCGAGAUUCAACGUCGUUGUCGUUGUCGCGAGAUUUCCCGAUUAAGUAGGAAAGCUCGACCGAACGUGAGUCCGAUAAAUCAUAGGAAUCGUGAAAAAAUCCCACUUUUUUGGCGAUACCUCCAUCGAGGCAAUCACUAUCUUUCGUCAUCAUUCUAAUAACGCAAAUAAAUGUUUUCCAUAAUUCACUAAUCGACAGUGGUGUUCUCCGAUUUGUUUGUUUUACGAAUUUAAAAAAUCAAAAACCCUUCAUCAGUUACGUUCGCGAGUCUACGAAAAGGUGAAUGCUAAAAGCCUUCAACCCGUUUUCACGCCAAGCAGAUGCCCUUGAUGUACCGUUCAGAGGUACGAAAAAGAGUGCAUCCCGUCGUAUAAAAAAGCCAAGAAGGAAAAAAUCCAUCGAGCCGAGUAAGCGAAGGGGAUUAAUUGAAACUUCAUUUUUCGAGGAGCAUACGAAUGAAGGCUCAAUAUUUGAGUAACGAGAAAAGUAAUAGUGGAGAAAUCAUCAUUUGUAACGAGAAUAUUAGCAGAAUUCGAAGAUCCGACUCACCCCACACUAUCACCUACUCUGACUGGCAUUUCAGUCAGUGAAAUACGACAACAGGAUAAUAAAAGAUUAAAAGUUCCCGUAUUUCUCGUUGAUGCUAUAAAUUGAGAGGAUUUCGUAGCAGCAGGACAAUCCAAUUUAGAAUUUAUACGUACAUAUAUCCAAUAUACGUAAGAACAGCCAAACGCUAAAUGAACACCGUAGUGAUUGUUUGAACUGCGGAAAAUUAUCGUUCACGUCGUCGAGUACCGUGUUCCGAAGGUUAAACAGAGACACACACACACGCACACACACACACGCAGAAGAGGAUCGAGUGUGCAGACGACUCGAAUAAUUCGCAGAGUAUUUCGUAUCAAUUGUCACAAGCGCAGAGGUUGAAAAUCAACUUUGACAAUUUGGACAAAGUGUAACCGUGUGAAUUCUCAUACAGUUUGAGAAUUGUUCGUGAAGUGUGUUUUAUUUGUACAAGAGUUUAACUUAUUAUUUGAUCAAUCUUAGUCUCCAAUUGGCAUAGUAUUUGUAGUCAUAUAUCAUCAUAUACAUAUAGUUACGUCAAAUAUAUAAAUAUAUAUUUAUAUUGAUACUUUAUACGUAUAUAUACACACACUUGUAUUGGUUUUUGUGUAAAUUCAUGUGCAUCAAAAAAGAGACUUAACAAUAGUGAGUCUCGAAAAAGUUAUUCGGUGUGAUAAGGGAGGAUUGUUCGUGAGGUUGAAGAUCAGUGCAAGGAUUUUCAAGAUCGCUCGCCAACGGAUGGUCUUUAAAAUUUCGGAAAUUUUGACAUUUCCGAAAAAAUCAUUUGAAAAUUUUUGUUUUGCAAUAGCCUGGGCUCUAUUUCCUUUAUCUCGUAUUUCGGAGCUUUACCGGGUGGCGCGGGAGACAGUUAAAACGACGGAGCAUCGUCAAACCCAUUGUUCACUGGACCCCGCUGUUCUCGUAACCGACACCACCACUCACGACGACCACCGACCGACAAGAAAAAGAAGAAAACGAAGAAGUACCCUCGUAACGAAAGCUUCCACUAACGCGCAACAAGUUAAGAGGCUAAAGCCAACGAUUCUCGCUGAGCCGAGGCCGCAAUGUGACAUGGAUAUCCUCGCCGUAGCCUGCGCCAUCGUUGCCGCUGCACUUUAUUACAAUACACUCAACGCCGGUUUCGUUUAUGAUGAUCGAAGAGCAAUCUUGACGAAUCCGGAUCUUUUAGCGAGCUCGCCAUGGUAUCCUUUGCUGUUGGAAAAUGAUUUUUGGGGCACGCCAUUGCGAGAACGAGGCUCGCACGGUAGUUAUCGGCCACUCUGUGUGGCUACCUUUCGUCUGAAUUAUCUUCUCGGUGGUCUUGAUCCACGAGGCUAUCACUUCGUCAACGUAAUUCUUCACGCUGCGUGUACAGGGCUCGUCGUACGAGUCGCUAAGAAGGUACUGCCCGGUCGGAGUUUGGCUCAUGCCAUAGCCGGGCUCUUAUUCGCCGUGCAUCCGAUUCACAGCGAGGCAGUGGCUGGUAUCGUUGGUCGUGCAGAUCUUCUUGCUUGCUUGUUAACUCUGGUCGCUUUUCUCGCGUACGUUGGUCACUGCAACGAAAGGCGGCCACCAUUGCCGCUUUUUCUGGCCCUACUUUCCUCUCUUCUGGCGACCCUUGCGAAAGAGACUGGAAUUUCGUCGCUCGCCCUUUGCCUGCUCUGGGAAUUCUGUCACGGGGAACCAACGAGCCGCAAGGAAAGAGCCAAAAGCUGGCCACGUAAUCGCAGCAUCGGCAUCAUAACCAGUGGACUUUUGUUGCUGCUGGUUGGAAGACUGAAAAUUGGUGGAGCGACGACGCCGGAGUUUGCAAGCGCUGAUAAUCCAACAGCCCGACACCCAUCGAGGCUAACCCGUGGUCUGACAUUUCUAUACUUGCCAGCAGCGAGUGCGAGGAUGCUUUUGUGCCCGAGUAUCCUCAGUUUCGAUUGGUCGAUGGACGCAAUACCUCGUAUUACCGGCUUCGAUGACGUGAGAAAUUUGGAAUCUGUUUGCUUGUACUGCACACUUGCGAUAGCCGGUGCCUGGGUGGUCCGUAGAUUACGAGCCAAUCGUUCGACGGUCUAUGACAAAUUGUUUUGCGCUCCACGGGCUUCAUCGAGAUGUCCUGUUUGCACUGGACGGAGAAACGGUGGCUGCCACACCGACGGCUGCCGCGCAGCCAACAACAACAACAACAAUAAUAACAACGGCCCUGGCGAUUGUUACUGCUCGAAAAGGGCCAGUCUUGCCAAGGAGGAACUAUCGUCACGAACGAAAGCAGCUACCGCAGUAGCUACGUCAUUGGGCUUCCUUACGAUACCCUUUUUACCCGCUAGUAAUCUCUUUUUCUACGUGGGAUUCGUCAUUGCCGAGAGAAUUUUGUAUCUUCCCAGUGUCGGUGCUUGUCUCUCGGUAGGAGCUGGCAUCGCCGGGACAUACAGAAUCGCGAGAAGAACAUCUAAAUCCCGAGGUCGUGUCGUCCUUGCCAUCACAGCGUGUCUUCUGGGUCUUAUGGCCGCCAAAACACUGAGGAGAAAUCUUGACUGGUACGACGAGGAGAGUCUCUACAGAUCGGCACUCCACGUCAACCCACCGAAAGCAUACGGGAAUCUUGGAAGUGUGCUCAGCGCACAGGGCCGCGUUGCUGAAGCGGAAGAGGCAUUGGUCCAAGCUCUUCGCUAUCGACCUAACAUGGCAGAUGUCCAUUACAACCUGGGUAUUUUGCAACAAGGAAGAAGAAAUUACGAAGAAGCGAUUCUGAGUUAUCAACGAGCGAUCCACUUCCGACCUUCGUUGGCUCAGGCUUACGUGAAUCUCGGAUCUGCAUUGGUCUCAGUCGGCCGAGGAACCGAAGCCGCUGGGAUUCUACGUGCCGGGGCAUCUCUCGAUGGAUCUGCCCUUAAGGACAGAAGGGCCCACGAAGCGGCGAGAGUACAGGCUCUUCUACAACUUGGCGGCCUGUACGCGGAUCAAGGCAAAUUGCAGGGUGCACUUUCGGCUUACAAAGAAGCUCUCCAUGUUCUUCCCGAGCAUUAUCCUCCUCAAAGCGUGUACAAUCUACUGGGCGAGACUUUAUCGCGACUGCAGCAAUACGCCGAAGCCGAAAGAUGGUUUCAAGCCAGCUUGGCCAGCCAGCCUGACCACGUACCGGCCCACAUCACUUACGGAAAACUCCUCGCCCGGAACUCGAGUCGAGUCCUAGAAGCUGAGAGAUGGUUUCUGAGGGCAAGGAGACUGGCGCCGAACGAUCCGAGCGUACACCAUCAUUACGGGAUGUUCCUGACGGCUCAGGGCAGACUAUCAGAAGCAGCAGAAGAGCAGCUGAGAGCUGCAGAGCUAUCGAAGUCCGAUUACGAGCUUUCGGUGGGUGCAGCGUCGGCCCUUCGUCAAGCCGACCGUCGUGACGAGGCGGAAAUUUGGUACAGACACGCAGUGGGUCUGAGGCCAAACGAGGCCCGCAGUCACACGAAUUUGGGCGCAAUACUUCAUUUGAAUGGGAAAUAUCGUCAGGCUGCUGAGGCGUACCGAGAAGCGUUGAGAUUGCAGCCGGGCGACGCAACGACAAUGACGAAUCUCCACAAAUUGGCGGCUUUACUUGCGUGAUGACGGGCGAGGCUCGGCCUCAUCGUCCGUGAAAGCGACUGCGAUCCCUCGUUAUUAUUGGACUACGAAAAUACUUGGAAAAUGGUCAAAAAUUUUGACAAAAACGAUGGAAAUAUCAACGACGAUGAACACCCAGACGUUGACGUGAACGAUGACGAAUAUUAUGUAAAAGAGACCACAGACAAUUAUGAAGAAUAUGAUAUCCUCGAGAAAACGAGUUUCGCGGAUGAACCAUCGAUGAUUAACCGUACCCGCUCCUCCCGGUGUUCGUUUAUCCAACGCGGUUCGUAUCAUUUACGACGAGGUAGUCAUGUAACCGAGGAACGAACGAACCUCAACGGACUCGCGUCGUCUUUGUACAACCGACCACUCGUAUCGCCUGCUAUCUUACAUGUAAAGAAUAAAGCUUCCUUUAUUUUUCUCUAA